GGCAGGCUAUCUUGUCAGCGAAAGGAUCCAGUGUGCCUGAGUAGCGGUAGCAGUCAUCCAUCCCAUAUAGACAUAAAAUGCUAUUUAUUUCUAAGGCGUAUCAGCGGCUUUGCCAGUUGUUGUUAGAAGUAGCCUAGUUAUUUUCUUUCUAUAAUAGUAUAUUUAUACAGGCCAAGAUAUUAGAUUAGUUAUCGGCCGGUGUGGAUAAUGCUACAGUCUUCAUCAUCCGGGCUGGUGCAGAUGGAGGGAUGUGGGGAAAAGGCGAGAGAUACGCAGAAAAUGCAGUGCAAGAGACUGACUGAAGAGAGAGAUGAAGCAGAGAGCCAGCUGAAACACAUCAAGAGAGUUUCCCAAAUGGUGAUCGAGGAGGUGAGCGUUCUGCAGACGCAGCUGGAGAUAGAAAAAUCCUGCAGAGAAAAUGCUGAGGCCCUUGCCACCAAGUUGAACAGUGAGAACAGGAAGCUGAAGUAUCUGAGCCUGUCGUCUCGACCCUGUCUGGAUGAGAUGCUACCUAGUAUCACAGACUGCAUGCCUCUGGAAGAGGAGACGGACACACAGGACACCAGCCCUGACCCGUACAGCCAGUACCAACAGCAGGUUAAAGAGCUGCAGGAGACAGUGAGCAGUCUGCUGGAGGAGAAAAAGAGACUUGCCUGUCAGCUUCAGGAGCAGCAGAGACAGAUUGAAGAGCUAUCCAUCCUGGCUGAGAAGGAGCAAGCUGAAAUGAAGGAGCUUCACAAAACCACAGAGCAGCAAAGCAAGACCAUCAAGAGGUUCAAUAGAGUGUCUGUGAUGGCUACUACAGAGUAUGAGGAGAUGAAGGAGCAGCUGGAUUUGGAGCAGAGCCUGAGGGUGAAGGCUGAGACCUACGCCCACGAGAUGUUGGUGAAGCAGAAAGAGGCUAACAGACAGAGUAUGAUCCUGCUGCAGAAUGCUGACCCCAGCCUGCAGCUGAUCAUGGCUCUGGAGGACGUGGCUAAUGUUACCAAGACUCUGGAGCAGGAGAGACUGCUGCAUCACCAGAAGGUGAAGGCUCUGGAGGCUGAGCUACAGGAGUACUCUCUGAAACAGCAGAUAGCCGAGCUGCAGAGCCAGCUGGAACUGAUGGAGGAGGAGAAGAGAGAGACAGAGGGACGUCUGCAGGAGGUAGAGAAGAAGAACCGUGACCUAGAGAAAAGAGUGCAAGAGCUGCUGCAGGUCCAGAAGAGCACGGAGCCCUCACCAGGCCCUAAACCAGGGAUCACCCCACCCCCCGCCCCUGUUCCCCAGCCCCCUCCACCCCCACCACCACCCCCUCCCCCUCCUCCACCCCCUCCCCCAUCGCGAUGCAACCCCCUCAGCUCACUGAUUGCAAUCAUGAGGAAAUCAUCCAAGGGUUCAAAGGGGGGAUCCCCUAAGUUAGAGCAAGCUCCUGGAGGAGGUACAGAAGGAGGUACAGAUGUUAAAGUGAAGGCAGUCAAUGAGAUGAUGGAGAGGAUUAAACAUGGAGUGGUUCUGAGGCCUGUCAAGGGAGGAGACACUAAGAGAGUUGUCGUAAAAAAACCUUCAGUAAUGGAAGAAAAGCUGCCACAGGAGAGUGCCAUGGAAGAACUGAAAGGCAUUCUGGAGACAGUGAAGAAGAGUCCCAGUCGGGGGUCUCAGGAGUCGGUCCCGUCCCCCCCAGGGAAGAGCCCUGUCAGCAGCGAGCUGGAGGUCAUCCUCAGGAGGAGACGUAAACAGGCCUGUGACUCUGGAGGAGAUGAGAGCAGGGACGGACAAAUAAGCAAGGUUUCGUCCUCUGACAGCCUGAACGGGAGGCACAGCCAGAGUUCCCACAGCUCCAACAGCUCUGGCAAAGAGCCAGAGGGGCCUACAGGGCCAGGGCCUGGGCAGAGCCCCAGAGAGCCAGCCUCCCCCAGCGGAAGGGGCCCCGGCCCAGCCGUAGCAGCCAGGCGCAGGUCAGACUCUUGCCAAGAGCCCCAAGCAGGGUCCUGGCUGGACAGGAGGUCCCGUACUUCUUUGUCUGAGAAAGAAGUCUACUCUGAGGCACCUGUCACCAAUGGAUGCAUUGUCAGUGGGGCGGAGCCUGAGAAGCAGAAGCCUGAGAAAUGGGCACCACAGCCCAACGGAAUCAGCCAUCUUAACCCGGGCCUGACUGUAGAGUCGGACACGCAUGCCACACUCUCUCCCAGCCUCUCCGCAGUGCCCAACCCACUCAGCGGGAACGGGAACACGGAUGCAGAGUGUUGAAGGUCGGCUCUAGAGGUCCCUGCACAAUUUGCACAGAAUCUCAGUUAUCUGCAGUUAGAGACAUUUAAUUAUAAAAGCUUUAGGUUAUUUUAUUUUAUGCACAAACUCUCUCGAUCUGAUGUGGCUUUGUGUCAUCAUCUAAUGCACUCUUUUAGAAUACAACCUUUUUAUUUGACCAGUAUCUCUCUUUCUCUGUCUGUCUCUAUUUCUCUUUCUGUCUCUAUAUGUCUCUGUCUCUCUUUCUCUGUCUGUCUCUAUGUCUCUCUUUCUCUGUCUGUGUCUAUGUCUCUCUUUCUCUGUCUGUCUCUAUGUCUCUCUUUCUCUGUCUGUCUCUGUCUCUCUGUCUCUCUUUCUCUGUCUGUCUCUAUAUCUCGCUCUCUCUAACAGGAGUUGAAUGAUACUUCUAAUAUAUGGCACAAACUUAUUUGAUUCUAGUUCUGCUUCUUCCUUGCUCUUCCUGAACCUAAAGAAGACACUACCCUACUGUAAGACUUUCAGUAAAGUCACUGCUUACUUUUCGCAGCAGAAGCACCACCUAAACAUCGAUAAAGAACAAUGUUUAAGAUCUGGGUCAUCCUAAGCAAAUAGGAUACGGAUAUUGCACAUUAUUAAGGCACUUUUGCUAUUUCAAAACUGGAGCUCUGUUUCAGUUUGUGAACUAUCUAUCUUUAAUGUGUAAUCAAUGCAAAUACAGCGUAGGGAUGCAAAUGAAAGCCAUGCACGUAUUUCAAUCAAAGUAGCCUACCAUCCUUGAGGAAUUAGGUGCUUGUGUAUUCAGUCUACCUCGUAUUAGACACACUUGCCUCUUGACUAUCCUAAAUUGUAUUUGAAGGGAAAACAUGAUAUAGUAUCAUCUUCAUGCAAUGGGACAACAUUUGUAAAUGUCUUCCACCUACGUUCCCAAGCUGUAUAAGGUGCUUUGUUCAUAUUUGCUGGUAUACUCCUAUUGUUUCAUUACGGCUGUAACCUGAUUUCGUCCUGUGUGUAUUCCCCACCUGUAUUAUGUUAGUAGGUAAUGCUUUCAGAUAUCUAGUACAACCUAAAACAACUGGAUUACACCGUAUGCAAACUUAACUGAUACAGCAACUUAAUCUAAGAAAUAAAUACAUUUGAAGGCUCAUAGGACAGUCACUCACACCCAUCAUGACAUUGUAAAUGUUUCUUAAAAACAUAGAAACAACAUUGAGAGUGUUGACUAUUGUAAGUCAUUUCUAUGAAGCCUUCUUUCAUCAAAAUGAAAGGAAAUCUUAUUUUCCAGAUUUACUACGUCUUAAACCGAUUACCAUUUUCUCAAUUUCAUCUUUGUCAGGCAAGCAGCUGAUGGAAAAGAUAAUUACUGGACUGAGUUUGUGUGAAUCUUGAUUUUGUGUGUGUUUGGGAUUUUAAGUGUUAAGUUUUUUUUUUUUUACAUUUACAUUGAUGUUCAUUCAUCACUUGUCUGAAAUAAAAUUACUAUUCAAAUGACAAGACUUGUACUUGAAUCUAUUUCUCCAUCUUAUGUGUAAUAUAUUACUAAUAUUAUAAUAUUUUAGGGCUGUGUUUCGUGUAGGUUUACCCUGGUGUGACGUUUUGACUUUUAUCAAUAUAUUCACUUGUAUUUACCCCCCAAAAAUGAAAUGCUAAUUAGCUACUCUUGUGGCUAUCAUAAAGAACUUCAAAUGCCAUGAUGAUCUGGACAAGACUGACGAAUCGACUCAAAGGUGAAAGAGAACAACUACAGAGGCCACGGAGACAGGGUUGAUCAGCUGUGUUGGCAUCCUACCAACCCAGACGUGUUUGUCACUGCAUCAGGGGACAAGACCAUACGCAUCUGGGACGUUAGAACAACGAAGUGCACGGCGACUGUCAACACUAAAGGAGAGAAGCUGUGGGAGGUCCAGUGUGAGUCUCCUACGUUCACAGUAGCCUGGCAUCCUAAGAGACCGCUGCUGGCCUACGCAUGUGAUGACAAGGAAGGGAAGUACGACAACAAUAGAGAGUCUGGCACUGUCAAACUGUUUGGAUUACCUAAUGAUUCCUGAGUGGGGUAGCGAUGCAGGCGCUGUCAAACUGUUUGGAUUACCUAAUGAUUCCUGAGUGGGGUAGCGAUGCAGGCGCUGUCAAACUGUUUGGAUUACCUAAUGAUUCCUGAGUGGGGUAGCGAUGCAGGCACAGUCAAACUGUUUAGAUUGCCUAAUGAUUCCUGAAUGGGAUAGUGAGGCAGGCGCUGUCAAACUGUUUGGAUUACCUAAUGAUUUCUGAGUGGGGUAGUGAGUCAGGCGCUGUCAAACUGUUUAGAUUACCUAAUGAUUCCUGAGUGGGGUAGCGAUGCAGGCGCUGUCAAGCUGUUUGGAUUACCUAAUGAUUCCUGAGUGGGGUAGCGAUGCAGGCGCUGUCAAACUGUUUGGAUUACCUAAUGAUUCCUGAGUGGGAUAGUGAGGCAGGCACUGUCAAACUGUUUGGAUUACCUAAUGAUUCCUGAGUGGGGUAGCGAUUCAGGCACUGUCAAACUGGUUGGAUUACCUAAUGAUUCCUGAGUGGGGUAGUGAGGCAGGCGCUGUCAAACUGUUUGGAUUACCUAAUGAUUCCUGAGUGGGAUAGUGAGUCAGGCGCUGUCAAACUGGUUGGAUUACCUAAUGAUUCCUGAGUGGGGUAGCGAUGCAGGCGCUGUCAAACUGUUUGGAUUACCUAAUGAUUCCUGAGUGGGAUAGUGAGGCAGGCACUGUCAAACUGUUUGGAUUACCUAAUGAUUCCUGAGUGGGGUAGCGAUUCAGGCACUGUCAAACUGGUUGGAUUACCUAAUGAUUCCUGAGUGGGGUAGCGAUGCAGGCGCUGUCAAACUGUUUAGAUUAACCAAUGAUUCCUGAGUGAGAUCAAACACACACGUCUCUUGAUUCACUCUCUAAACUGUUUAAAUGCGAAUGAUUGGCCCUACUCUGUGGAGGCAUGUUACCUAUCCCUCUGCUGUAAGACUUCUUCUCUAUAUGUUCAAUACAACAUCCUUGACUUUUGGUCCUUUUAAAUUCAGCCAGAAGGGAUGUCUGUAUAAAUAGCUACGUCAUUCAUGUAAACUGAUAUUUCUCCAUAAAUCAAAUCCUCAAUGUUCUUCUACUGCUUUUUUUAUUUCUAGAAAGAGUGCCAUCUUACAUGUAAAAUGAACAGAUAAUUACAGCGAUUCUGCAAAGGGAAGCGGGUCUAGAGUUGCCCUUAAGGGAAGCGGGUCUAGAGUUGCCCUUAAGGGAAGCGGGUCUAGAGUUGCCCUUAAGGGAAGCGGGUCUAGAGUUGCCCUUAAGGGAAGCGGGUCUAGAGUUGCCCUUAAGGGAAGCGGGUCUAGAGUUGCCCUUAAGGGAAGCGGGUCUAGAGUUGCCCUUAAGGGAAGCGGGUCUAGAGUUGCCCUUAAGGGAAGCGGGUCUAGAGUUGCCCUUAAGGGAAGCGGGUCUAGAGUUGCCCUUAAGGGAAGCGGGUCUAGAGUUGCCCUUAAGGGAAGCGGGUCUAGAGUUGCCCUUAAGGGAAGCGGGUCUAGAGUUGCCCUUAAGGGAAGCGGGUCUAGAGUUGCCCUUAAGGGAAGCGGGUCUAGAGUUGCCCUUAAGGGAAGCGGGUCUAGAGUUGCCCUUAAGGGAAGCGGGUCUAGAGUUGCCAUUCAGGGAAUAGAUAAAACAUAAUUUACUCUCUGUAGUGAGGGGGUGAACACUAGUGUUCUCUUUGAAGCCACCAGAUGGCAGUGAAUCCCAAUUAUGAAAUAGUUGUUUGUUUCUGUAGAGUUUUCUACAUGACUGUUUCUCCAUACAGUUUGCAAUUACACACAGUGCUGUAACACAUUUUGUUGAAACUGUAAAUAUAUCUAUUUUUUUAUAUUAAAACAACAGUCUUGUAUACUUGUCUUGGUUGAACAUAUCAAGGUAUAAAACUAAUAUGGUGCAUUGUAUGUCUGCUGUCUAGAUUUAGUGGGUUAUUUCACUAAGAGGGGACUGUAUCCCAGCCAGGAAAUGGUGAUUCAUUGCAGGCUAUGGCAUGAAGACGUUGUGUAACUAAAUGCAUUUAUGUAAUGUACACAGAGAUGGUGGGUGUGAGGUCUUGGACUUGAUAUGGUAGCCUACCCUCUGUAUCACAGCUCCCACACAUCAACCAGCACAAGACCAUAUUAUCUUACCUGGGUGAAUAUGAUGCCCUGCCAACCAAGUACAGUAUACAGUCCGGUCCAAAGAUGAGCCAAAAAGUUCUGGGCUAUAUUGCAUUUUCCUGUCCAAUGAUGCAAAACAAAAAUUAAUACAAAUAUUUUAUACUAAUACAAUUGCUCAGAGAAAUACAUUUUGUUUUGUAAGUAAUAUUUUUUUCCCCUUCAGAUGUUUUCAAUCCCUCACCUAUUGAGUAUAAUGGCACUGAGCCUUUUUUUUCUAAAAUGUAUCAGAUUGGAGAACACGUUGGGAGGGAUCAUAGACCGUUGAUAUCCUUCAUCUGCGCUUAGGGACGGCCCUCUUCAAGUUCCGGAGAAUGAGAUGGCUAUUGCAAAAUGUUUAUUUUAUUUUGUGGUUGAUUAACAUUUCUUUGUGUAUUUUGAUGUGUGCUUGGGGUUAUUGUCUUGCUGGAAGUUUCACUAUCUUUUUGAGAGAAGAAAAUAUUUGUUUUACAAAAUGUCUUUAUUUUUCUUCAAUUGUAUUAGUAUAAAAUAAUAAAAUUUCCCAAUUUCUUUGGAACAAUCUA